GUGACAGUGUGUGUUUGUGCCUGUGUGCCUGUUUCGGUGUGUGAGUGUGCGCAUUCGUGCAUGCAAGUCUCAUUUUGGAGAGUGAAGAGUGUAAAUGAUGUGUCUGGGAAACCUGCAUCGAGACGUCAACACACACACAGACGCAGUUCCUUCCAUCCAGCUGGGUUCCUCGCUGGGAGAUAUGCAGCCUAGUUCAUCGCCAGACACACGGUGACAAAUUACUGAGUGGACUGUGCUGGUGAUCUUCACUCUGGAUACCAAGGUGAGAAGAUAAUAAAGGAGGGAAGCAAUCAAGGAAGAGGAAAAGGAGACAUUCCACUACAGCCCCUGCGGAGCUGCAGCAGGGACGAGCCUACUGGCUGUGAUUUCUAGUCAGGAAAGGCAGAGGAGCAAGGAGAACGCAGGAAUGGGUUAUCUGAGGGGUCUCCUUCAGCUUUUGAUAUUCCUCUAUGCAGCAGGAGUGUGUGCAGGUGUGGAUGGCGCAAAAGUCAGCAACUUGUCAUCGCAAAUCUGUCUUCAUCCGUGUGAGGACCUGUUUGGCUUGCUCACUGAGAUCCAUGGCCUGCGUGUUGUGACCAACAACCUGCUCGAAGACUUGGAUAGAGUAUCCAAAGAAAAUGAAGAGAUACGGAUAUCUUUGGAUGAGCUCAGUAACAGACAUGGCAGUGGUACCAGCAGUGGCAAAGGGAAAGGCAAUGGGAGAGGCAAUGGGAGAGGCAACGGGAACGACAGUGAGGCGUGGUGCGUGCAGGAUGGACGAGUGUACGAGCAGGGGGAAGACUGGGAGGUUGACAGCUGCACCUCCUGUACUUGCCAGGAAGGAAAGGUGGUUUGUCAACAGGUGUCAUGUGCUCCUGUGUUCUGCAUCAAUCCGUCUUUUGUCGAUGGAAGUUGCUGUCCUGUCUGUCUUAAUAAUGAAGACGGCUGGUCCCCAUGGUCUGAGUGGACCUACUGCUCCGCCACCUGUGGACGUGGAGGGCAGCAAAGGGGUCGAUCCUGCAAUGGCAUCAUGCCGUCCUGCUCUGGCCCGUCAGUCCAAACCCGCAGCUGCAUGAUGAUGAAGUGUGACCGCAAGGUGCGUGCUGACGGGAACUGGGGCCUUUGGUCUCCUUGGUCUGCAUGUACAACCACAUGUGGAGAAGGAAACAUUACACGGGUCCGUCUGUGCAACAAUCCUCCACCAAAGAAGGGGGGCAAGGGGUGCACAGGUAGCGCCAUGGAGACACAACCUUGCAACAACACGCUCUGCCCGAUUGCUGGAGGCUGGACGGCCUGGACUGAAUGGUCAGUCUGUUCAGAGACAUGUAACGGGGGCCUCACGAGUCGCCAGCGAGAGUGUGUGAACCCCGCCCCUCAGAACGGCGGGAAGCCUUGUGCUGGAGAUGCUGUGGACUAUGAAGGAUGUAACAAACAAUCAUGUCCUUUAGAUAUGUGCUUGCUUUCAAAUCCUUGUUUUCCUGGGGUUAAAUGCACAACGCAUCGCGAUGGAUCGUGGGAAUGUGGACGCUGCCCGUUGGGUUUCAGUGGUAACGGCACUCAUUGUGAAGAUGAGAAUGAGUGUGAAGUGGAAGGAGUGUGUGUUACACAGUGCAUAAACACAGACCCUGGAUUCUACUGCCUGCCCUGUCCGCCGCGCUAUAAAGGCACUCAACCGUAUGCCCUCGGUCUGGAUGAAGCCCUGAAAACCAGGCAGGUGUGUGAACCGUACAACCCUUGCAAAGACAACACACACACUUGCCACAAGUAUGCUGAGUGUAUAUACCUUGGCCUGGCGUCUGAAGUCUUGUACAAGUGUGUGUGUGCGGUGGGGUUUGCUGGCGAUGGCUCCCUGUGUGGUGAGGACUCUGAUCUGGAUGGCUGGCCCAAUAAUAGAUUACCCUGCAAGCAGAAUGCCACCUAUCACUGUGAAAAGGAUAAUUGCCCCACGCUGCCAAACUCUGGACAGGAAGACCUGGAUGCGGACGGACAGGGCGAUGCCUGUGACCCUGAUGAUGACAAUGAUGGCAUCACAGAUGAAAGGGACAAUUGCCCGCUGAUGUACAACCCUCGGCAGUUUGAUUCUGACAGGGAUGGGGUUGGGGACAGCUGCGACAACUGUCCAUUUGAAAGCAACCCUAUGCAGACGGACACUGAUAACAAUGGAGAGGGAGACGCCUGCAGCAUCGACAUAGAUGGAGACGAGGUUCUGAAUGACCGGGACAACUGUCCUCUAGUCUACAACACCGACCAGAGGGACACAGACCUGGAUGGUGUCGGAGACCAGUGUGACAACUGUCCACUUCUACAUAACCCAGACCAGCUUGACUCUGACAGUGACCUGGUGGGAGACAUGUGCGACGACAAUGAGGACAUCGACGAGGACGGCCACCAAAACACUCUAGACAACUGCCCCUAUAUUGCCAACAGCAAUCAGGCUGACCACGACAAAGAUGGAAAGGGAGAUGCUUGUGACCAUGACGACGACAAUGACGGUAUCCCUGAUGACCGUGACAACUGCAGACUGGUACCCAACAGGGACCAGCUAGACUCUGAUGGUGAUGGCAGUGGAGACGCAUGCUUUGAUGACUUUGACAAUGACAGUAUUCCAGAUGCGUUGGAUCCCUGUCCCCUGAACCAGGAUAUUGGGUCUACAGAUUUCCGGAAGUUUCAGGUUGUUUUGUUGGACCCUAAAGGCACCACGCAGUCUGACCCCCUCUGGGUCAUCCGCAGCCAGGGUACAGAGCUGCUGCAGAUUGCCAACUCUGACCCCGGGAUCGCUUUAGGAUACGACAAGUUCAGCGCCGUGGACUUCAGUGUCACAUUUUAUGUAAAUACCAACCGAGAUGACGACUACGCAGGGAUUGUGUUUGCCUAUCAGUCCAGUCAACGCUUCUACGUUGUCAUGUGGAAACAGGUGUCUCAGGCCUACUGGGAGAAAAAGCCAACCAAAGCUUUCGGCACUGCUGGAGUCUCAAUCAAACUGGUCAACUCAAACACAGGACCAGGGGAGUAUCUGCGCAAUGCUCUGUGGCACACAGGAAACACUAGACACCAGGUCAGAACUUUGUGGCAUGACCCCAAUAAAAUUGGCUGGAAGGACUACACACCCUACCGCAUGCACCUUAUCCACCGACCCAAGACUGGGUUUAUCAGGGUGGUGGUGUACGAGGGCAGGGACAUUUUGUCCGACUCGGGGGCCGUGUAUGACCACACCCUGGCUGGAGGCAGACUGGGACUGUUUGUGUUCUCUCAGGAACAUGUUAUCUUCUCAGACCUCAGAUAUGAGUGUAGAGGUAAGACAUCCUGCUAA